AUGACUUUACUGCACAUGCACCUGCAUUUCACUGGCUUGGUCUUCUGGAUGAUACCAAAAUCGAGCUCUUUUGUGCUGCCCAAUGCCACUGAGCUCCUGUACCCCUCCAGCAACAUGCAGGCUGGCUUGGUGUCCGGCCUCGGGGUGCCAAGGAGUCGCCGGAAGCGAUACAUCUCUCCGCGGGACAUGAGUGUUCUUUUGGACUACCACAACCAAGUGCGGGCGCAGGUGUCUCCACCAGCGGCCAACAUGGAAUAUAUGGUGUGGGAUGAGAGACUGGCCAAGUCUGCUGAAGCCUGGGCUGUACAGUGCAUAUGGGACCAUGGGCCGCCCCAGCUGAUGAGAUACAUUGGUCAGAACCUCUCCAUUCACUCUGGCAGGUAUCAGUCAGUCGUGGAUCUUGUGAAAUCUUGGUAUUAUGAGAAACAGCAUUACUCCUUCCCCAACCCCCGUGACUGCAACCCCAGCUGCCCCUCCAAAUGCAGUGGUUCUGUCUGCAGCCAUUACACCCAGAUGGUGUGGGCCUCCUCCAACAGAAUUGGCUGUGCCAUCAACACCUGCACCAACAUGAACGUGUGGGGCAGCACCUGGCAGCAGGCGGUGUAUUUAGUGUGCAACUAUGCCAUCAAGGGCAACUGGAUAGGAGAAGCUCCUUACAAGGUGGGGAAACCGUGCUCGGCCUGCCCACCCAGUUACAGUGGUGUCUGCAGCAACAACAUGUGCUUCACCGGACUGAAAUCCAACAAAGUGAGCUGGUUCUGAGCCACCUAGAGCUCUUCCUGGCGGCUGGAGAAGCGGAGCUGCGGUUGGUGACAGGAGAGCGUGGGAAGUGCCAUGUACAAUGUUGUGUAAACUAGGAGAAUUAUUUAUAACAGUGA